UUUGAGAUGCUGCCCUUAACUGGAAAAACGAUAAUAUUUGAUAGCUUUCCUGAUCCGUCAGAUACCUGGGAAAUAACUGAGACAAUCGGCAAAGGAACGUACGGCAAAGUGUUUAAGGUAUUCAACAAGCAAAAUGGGAGCAGAGCAGCAGUCAAAAUCUUGGAUCCAGUUCACGAUAUCGACGAGGAAAUUGAAGCUGAAUACAACAUUUUGAAAGCUCUCUCUGAUCAUGCGAACGUAGUCAAGUUCUAUGGACUGUUCUACAAAAAGGAUGUGAAGGAUGGAGAUCAACUCUGGCUGGUUCUGGAGCUGUGUAAUGGGGGAUCUGUGACUGACCUUGUGAAAGGCUUUUUGAAGAGAGGAGAAAGAAUGAGUGAAAUUCUUAUUGCUUACAUUUUACAUGAAGCCCUUAUGGGACUUCAGCAUUUGCAUGAAAACAAUACCAUCCAUCGUGAUAUCAAGGGAAAUAACAUCCUAUUGACCACUGAAGGAGGCGUGAAACUUGUGGAUUUUGGUGUAUCGGCUCAGCUGACCACCAGUCGUCUUCGUCGGAAUACAUCAGUAGGGACUCCGUUUUGGAUGGCUCCUGAGGUGAUUGCAUGUGAGCAACAGUUGGAUAGUUCUUAUGAUGCCAGAUGUGAUGCCUGGUCUCUGGGUAUCACUGCUAUAGAGUUAGGUGAUGGAGAUCCACCUUUAGCUGAUUUGCAUCCCAUGAGAGCUUUGUUCAAAAUACCAAGGAACCCACCACCAACACUACGGCAGCCGGAGAUAUGGUCAUCUGAAUUCAAUGACUUUAUCAGCAAGUGUUUGACCAAAGAUUAUGAGAAACGCCCCACGGUGUCUGACCUGCUCCAGCACGAUUUCGUGAAGCAGGUGGAGGGCAAGGAGAACAUUCUGCAGAUGCAGCUGACGGAGUUCAUCGAUGUUCACCAGCAAAUGGGAGUCACAGAGAAAGCAAGAUUUGAACGUAUUCAUACUAAGAAAGGGAAUUACAGCAGGUCUCCAGUUGUAAACCAGGAGGAUGUAGACGAUCUGGCAACCUUGGAAGCAUUAGAUGAGAAUACAGUAACGGAGCAAUUGCAAAAGAGCUAUGCCAGGGAUCAGAUCUACACCUACGUGGGAGACAUUCUCAUUGCAGUCAACCCUUUUCGGAACUUAGACCUUUAUGCCACACAGCAUUCCAAGCUGUACAUUGGGGCUAAGCGGACCGCCAAUCCCCCUCACAUUUUUGCUGUGGCUGAUAUUGCAUACCAGUCCAUGGUCACAUACAAUUCGGACCAGUGUAUUGUCAUUUCUGGAGAAAGUGGAGCAGGGAAGACCCAGAGCGCCCAUCUUCUGGUUCAACAGCUGACAGUCCUUGGAAGGGCUAAUAAUAGGACUCUUCAAGAAAAAAUUCUCCAAGUCAAUAAUCUGCUGGAGGCGUUUGGGAAUGCAGGCACUAUUAUUAAUGAUAAUUCCAGCAGAUUUGGGAAGUACCUAGAAAUGAAGUUCACAUCCAAUGGAACUGUUGUAAGCGCUCAGAUUUCAGAAUAUCUUCUAGAAAAAUCUAGAGUCAUCCAUCAAGCUGUAGGGGAGAAGAAUUUUCAUAUCUUCUAUUACAUCUAUGCUGGUUUGGCAGAGAAGAAAAAACUAGCUCAUUAUAAAUUGCCCGAAAAUAAGCCUCCCAGGUAUCUACAAAAUGAACAUCUCAGAACAGUACAAGAUUUCAUGAACAACAGUUUCUACAAAUCCCAAUUUGAAUUAAUUGAGCAGUGCUUCAAAGUGAUUGGGUUCACAAUGGAGGAACUAGGGAGCGUAUACAGCAUCCUUGCUGCCAUUUUAAACGUUGGAAAUAUUGAAUUCUCAUCGGUGGUAACUGAGUACAUGAUUGACAAGAGCAUAAUUUCCAAUCCAACGCCUCUUGAGAAUUCUGCUUCCUUGCUUUGUAUUCAGGCAGAUGAGUUGCAGGAAGCACUAACCUCUCAUUGUGUGGUGACGCGAGGUGAAACCAUUAUACGACCCAACACGAUGGAAAAAGCUACUGAUGUAAGAGAUGCCAUGGCCAAAGCAUUGUAUGGGCGGCUCUUUAGUUGGAUAGUCAACCACAUCAAUGCACUGCUCAAGCCAGGUACAUUUUUAAGCGGAAGCGACGAAGGACUGAAUAUUGGGAUUCUUGACAUUUUUGGUUUUGAAAACUUCAAAAAGAAUUCUUUUGAACAGCUCUGUAUCAACAUUGCCAAUGAGCAGAUCCAGUUCUACUUCAAUCAGCAUGUCUUUGCAUGGGAGCAGAAUGAAUACCUGUACGAAGGUGUCGAUGCACGAGUCAUUGAGUAUGAGGACAACAGGCCCCUAUUGGAUAUGUUCCUGCAAAAACCCAUGGGAUUAUUGUCCCUGCUCGAUGAGGAAAGCCGAUUUCCCCGGGCCACUGAUCAGACGCUUGUGGAAAAGUUUGAAGACAAUCUUAAAUCUAAGUAUUUCUGGAGACCAAAAAGAAUAGACUUGACAUUUGGGAUUUACCAUUACGCAGGGAAGGUUCUUUAUAAUGCAAGUGGCUUCUUAGCCAAAAACAGAGACACUUUACCAGCCGACAUUGUGCUGCUCUUGCGAUCCUCAGAAAACUAUCUGACUCGACAGCUGGUAAUCCACCCUCUUACAAAAACAGGUAAUUUGGCACACACUAAAAGCAAGAGUGCAAUAAACUACCAGACAUGGACCCCACAGAAAACAAUCAGCCAAAUGAAGCUGGAUAUCUUUGUGUUGUGCAAUUCGUAUUCCUUCCGUGAGAAUGAGCUGGAGGAUUCUACGCAUCAUCCGAGAGAAACAACCAAUAUGAAAACGCAGACUGUUGCUUCAUAUUUCAGAUACUCACUAAUGGAUUUAUUAUCUAAAAUGGUGGUUGGCCAACCUCACUUUGUCCGUUGCAUUAAGCCAAACAAUGAUCGACAGGCAAACAAGUAUGACAAAGAAAAAGUGCUGGUGCAACUGCGUUACACUGGAAUUCUGGAAACGGCCCGGAUCCGGAGGCAGGGUUAUUCCCAUCGUAUUCUUUUCGCCAACUUCAUUGAGCGAUACUAUCUCCUUUGUUACAAAUCAAGCGACAACCCCCCUGUAAGCCCUGAAACAUGUGCUGCCAUCUUGGAAAAAGCCCAGCUUGAUAACUGGAUCCUGGGGAAAACUAAGGUAUUUCUCAAGUACUACCAUGUGGAGCAGCUAAACUUGAUGAGAAAGGAGACAAUCAACAGGAUUGUUUUGAUUCAAGCAUAUAUAAGAGGGUGGCUUGGUUCAAAGAGAUACAAAAAGCUAAAGGAGAAAAGAGAAGAAAGUGCAAUUAAAAUACAAUCAGCUUACAGGGGAUAUGUUAUUCGCAAGGAGUACACAAGUGCAAAGAAUACAUACAAAAUGGAAAUAUGCAUUAUGAGACUUCAGGCUGUUGCAAGAGGAUACUUAAUCAGAAAGAAAAUUAAAGAAAUAAACGAUGCAAAUAAAGCAGCAGCAACAAUUCAGUCUCACUACAGGGGAUACAAGAAGAGAAGAAGUUUCAAAAGAAAAAGAGAAUCGGUUCUCAAGAAGGAACAAGCUGAGACGGCAGCUAGUCCAAGGGAAGAGGGAAAAUGUGGACAAAUUCCAAAGGUUGAAGGUGGUGCAGUUGUUGGACAAAACUCUCCUCGUACUGAAGAGGAAGCUGCUGUUGUCCUUCAGAGUAACUACCGGGGUUACAGAGAACGUAAAAAGGUCAAGGAGCAGUGCAAGAAAAUGGGAGGUGCAGAUGUUGCACAGAGCUCGCCCCCAGAAGCUGAGGGUGGUCCAGCUGCUGUGAAGAAGUCCCUUCCUCAUUCAGAAGAGGAAGCUGCUGUUAUUCUUCAGAGCACCUUCAGGGGCUACAGAGAACGUAAAAGGGUGAAAGAGCAGUGCAAGACAAUGGGAGGUGAAGAUAUUGCGCAGAGCUCACCUCGAGAGGUGGAGGGUGAUGCAGCUGUUUUAGAGAACUCUUCUCCUGCAACUGAAGAGGAAGCUGCAGUUAUCCUUCAGAGCAACUACCGGGGCUACAGAGAGCGUAAAAGGAUGAAGGAACAGUGUGGCAAGAAAACGGUGGAGCAUGCCUCAGCUUCAAUGCAACCCCCCCAAUUGGCCAAAAACUCUGUUCGAAACACAGUGCCGGAAGUAGAAGCUGGUAUGGGCCAAAAAGAUACAGCUGCUGCUCUUUCUCUGAAUGUUUCCUACCUGGAUCAAAAGAUACCGGAGGGGAACAAACAGAUGCUUUCCCGGGGAGGAAGCUCUUCCGUGAAACAAAAGCCUCCAGAGGAAGACAAAAGGCAGGCCACUUCCAGCCGCUUGUCUAAGAAAGCAUCUAUCAAAAAAGCAAAUGAACUUCACCUGCACAGCCUUCAGGAAAGAAGUAGUACAGAUGAGAAAAACCAAGCUCCCUUUGUUCCCUGUGAGAGUCACCUGGAAAGAGGGUCUCUGAAACAGGGCCAGCUAAUUCCCAGUGAAAACAAAGCAAGUCUAAGGAAAGGCUCCACAAGAGGCUCUCAGAAACAUAUUGAUGCCAGCAAGCCAGCCUUGUCAGACAAAGAGAAGGCGGCGUUAGUCAUCCAGAGUAAUUACCGAGGGUACCGGAAACGGGGACAGCUCAGAAAAGAAGGGAAAUUACCUUGUGAAAGCCAAGAGAGAGGCCAUGGCGAGCUGAAAAGUGGAGGAGGCCACACUCAAACUCCUGGGUCUAAAACAGCAACAAAAGGGAGGCAAAGCUCCGGUGCUCUGGCUGAGGACCCAAAGGAGGUUCUGAAAGAUGGGCCAGAGAAGGAAAGGUCUGACCUGGCAGCUUUCUCCAGGCAGAUCUCAAAAUUAUCAGAGGACUAUCUGGUGCUGCAGCAGAAAUUGAACGAAAUGAUUCUGUCACAUCAGCUGAGGCCUACGAUGCUCUCCAAAGACAAGCAACCAAAUGGCCACCUUUCUCCUUGUGUGUGUCAGCCUGUCAUCUCCAAGCCAGAGGAUGCUCACCCUGUGCAGAGAAGCCCAAGGAGACCUCAGAAACCCAAGACACUGAACAACCCUGAAGACUGUACAUAUUACACUCUCAUACAUAAAUCAGUCCAGGAUGAAAAGCGGAAACCAAGAAAAAACAGUCUGGGCAAGAUAUUGGAUGUAGAAGAUCCGUAUUACCGAGAAUUUUCAUCCACUGAUUUCAUCUCAAAUGACAGUAAGACCAGCGCAAGAGAAAAGAAGCUGCCAGAAGAGCCUAGAACUGCAACAUUAAAGAUUAGUGAAGGGCCAAGGAUCCCGGGGAACCCACUGGAAGACAACACAAGCAAAGAGAAUCCUUAUGACUAUCGGAAACUGCUACGGAAAACUUCUCAACGCCGACGCCUUAUCCAGCAGUAUUAGCUGCUGCUGUUUGGCUUUCUUCACUAUAAU